AUGUCUGUCAAGGAUAGCUGGAACUUUGCACUCUUGGUCGUUUUAUAUCUGUUGCAGGGUGUCCCUGUAGGAUUGGCGUUCGGCAGUAUCCCGUUUCUACUCAAGGCCAAGAUGAGCUAUUCCCAGAUCGGGAUCUUCUCACUCGCACACUACCCCUACAGCAUGAAAUUCCUUUGGUCGCCCAUCGUCGACGCCCUCUACAAUAAGAAGAUCGGUCGUCGCAAAUCUUGGAUUGUUCCGAUCCAGCUCCUGACGGGGUUCAUGUUCCUAUGGCUGGGAACCAACAUUGAUACCUGGAUGGGUCAGGAUCAGGUUGAGGUCGGAACCUUGACGACCGUGUUCUUCGUCCUCAUUUUCUUCUCGGCCACUCAAGAUAUUGCAGUCGAUGGAUGGGCAUUGACGUUACUGUCAAAGGACAAUGUCUCGUAUGCGUCGACUGCUCAAACGAUCGGACUUAACUCGGGAUACUUCCUAUCGUUCACGGUUUUUCUGGCCUUCAACUCGCCGGAAUUCAGCAACAAGUACUUCCGGUCGGCGCCUCAGGAGGUGGGAUUGGUGCCCCUGGGAGGAUACCUCAAGUUCUGGUCGAUGAUGUACUUUGCGAUCACACUCUGGCUCGUCUUUCUGAAGAAAGAGGAGCCUUCUCAGUCGGAACAGGAUGAUAUCGACAUCAUGUCCGUGUACAAGAUCAUCUUGAAGAUCAUUCGUCUGCCUCAUAUGAAGUCGUUGAUGGUCGUGCUGUUGACAGCCAAGAUUGGGUUCAUCGCGAACGGAGCGGUGACGGCGCUGAAGCUGCUGGAGAAGGGAUUUAGCAAGGAGGAUUUGGCACUCGCAGUGUUGAUCGAUUUUCCGUUCCAGAUUCUAUUUGGAUAUUAUGCAGUCCGCUGGAGUUCUGGACCACGGCCACUCAAGCCAUGGUUGUAUGCGUUCUGCGCGCAUUUGGUCUGCUGUAUCGUAGCAAUGCUGAUAGUAGCAUCAUUCCCUGCAGAUGGCCAAGUCACUUCGACCUACUUUUACUUGGUCCUCGCAACUACCGUGACAACAUCCUUCACGAGGUAA